UGAAGAUUGGUAUCCAUUCACGUGAAUAAAAAGCUGAUAACUUGAAAGCGAAGGAGAAAGCAAACGCCAUUAUUACGGCGAAGAAGAAGAAGAAGGGAGAAACCUAACGCGACCGCUCCACUUCCCUUCUCUAUCCACUGAGUGUUGAGUAGAAAACAGGAAAGAAGAGAGGGAGAAACGGAGGGAAGAAGAUGGCGGGGGAGGAAGAGGUGGGGAAGACGUUGAUAGUGGGAAUGAAGAUGGAUGCCAGAGGAAGGGAACUUUUAACUUGGUCUCUCGUGAAGGUUGCGGGAGCUGGUGAUCGGGUAAUCGCGAUGCAUGUUCUUCCCGCCGUGCUGGCGGAUGCAGAUUGGAAUCCCUCUUCUUUGAUUUCGCUUAUCAAGCAUUUCGAGUCCGUGCUGGCUGUUUAUGAGGGUUUCUGUAACCUGAAGCAGAUCGAACUCAAGAUGAAGUUAUGCCGGGGUUCUUCCAUCCGGAAGACGUUGGUUCGGGAGGCGAGCUCUGUUUCAGCCUCCAAGCUCAUUCUUGGAGCCACCAAGAGCAGUAAUAUUAUAGGUUCUUCAUCCGUCUCUAUUGCCAAGUACUGCGCGAAGAAGCUUUCUCGCGGUUGCUUGGUGCUGGCUGUAAACAAUGGGAAGAUCAUAUACGAGAAAGAUGCCGCAGGAAGCAAGUUGACACACGAGCUUCUGCAAAAAUGCGAUUCUAUAAAGUUGGAUGAUAUGAGUUCGGAAAGCACAAGCCCUUCUAUCUCUUGCCAGCUUACUGAAUCUGGCGAAAUUUCAAGUUUUGAUAUCAAGGAUGGAAAUUCUAGUAAAACUACCUCGACUUUCGAUGAUUCCUUGGGCAAUGAUGAAUCUAGAGUUGAUGAAAUUAAGGAUCACACUUCGUCUGAAUCUGAGGAGAUGGCGUUGGAUGUAGAUCCAGUUAACGAGCAUGAGAGCUCUGUGGGCUGUUCAUCAAUGGCGACUCAGGAAUCAGCUGAUAGAAGACCUGGCUGGCUUCUCCUUAGAAGAACUGUUCUGAACCAGAAGAUGAUUUUAUCACAUGUGAAGUCUAAAGCUUCAGUUGUUAAAUGGGUAAUGCGGCUUCCAAGCCGGUAUUAUUCAUCAUCCAUGGUUCAUACCGAUCAUCGGCGGGUGAAGUCUGAUGUCUCUGUUAAAUCUGGUUUUGAUGAGGAGGUGGAUGUCAUGGCUCCUUUGAGCCCAGCCACAGUGUUUGAGGAGCUCCCUAAGGAGUUGCUAUCUCUUCUACAGAAUUAUUCAUCUGUUUGCAGGCUGUUUAGCUACAAGGAACUCUUGCAGGCGACGUCCAACUUUAAUCUCGCCAAUAUCAUUGGGAAGGGAGGGACCUGCAAGGUUUACAAGGGUAGCCUAACUGAUGGGAAGGAGCUUGCAUUCAAAGCUCUGAGAUGUUCGGACAACUUGAUGGAUGAUUUCAUUUCAGAAAUUGAGAUUAUUACCAAUUUGCAUCACAGGAACAUCCUCUCCCUGUAUGGGUUUUGUGUUGAGAACCACCACCUUGUCUUAGUUUAUGAUUUCUUAUCAAGGGGUAGCUUAGAUGAUAACCUUCAUGGGAUCAAGGGAGACAAGAUUGAUCUUAUUAGCUGGGCUGACAGAUUUAAGAUUGCGAUCGGCGUUGCAGAAGGUCUGGAUUAUUUACACAAUGAUAGCAGCAGGGAGCCUGUGAUCCAUAGGGAUAUAAAGUCAUCAAACAUCCUAUUAUCUGAUGAUUUUGAGCCACAGAUAUCUGAUUUUGGUCUGGCUCAGUGGUCAUCCUCAUCAAGACAAUCCAGUAAAAACACAGAUUGUAGUGAUUUGGCAGGCACAUUUGGGUACCUUGCUCCAGAAUACUUCAUGUAUGGUAAAGUAGAUGCAAAGAUUGAUAUUUAUGCUUUUGGGGUUGUUCUUCUUGAGCUUCUCUCAGGAAGGAAGCCGGUUUGUACAAGCCGACCGAAGGGCGAGGAGAGUCUGGUCAUGUGGGCAAAGCCCAUUCUUCUAGUGGAAAAUUUUGAUCAAGUGGUGGAUCCAUCACUGGGAAAUAAUUAUAACAUUGAUGAGAUGGAAAGGAUGUGCCUUGCUGCUUCUCUCUGCAUCAGCCAAGCUUCUCACUCUAGACCUUCUGCAGCUCUUGUUCUGAAGCUUCUGAAGGGUGAAACUGAAGUGAUAGAGUGGGCGAGAUCAGAGCUGAGAGCUUCAAUGGCUUCCGAGGAGUCGGACGAUGAGUCUGUACUCCUGCAUUCAAACAUUCAAUCACACAUUAAUCUUGCACUUCUUGAUAUGGAAGAAGACGAUGAACUCUCCACAAGCAGCACAGAUCAGUCGGCUAAUUUCCUAACUUCAAAUAGCUCUUUAGAAGACUACUUGAAAGCAAGAUGUGGCCGUUCAUCAAGCUUUUGACUCCAUUAUAAAUGGAGGAGAGGGUGUGAUAUUGUAUAGUUAGUUCUUGAUAUAAUUAUAUAUUUGGUUUAGCUGAAUUGUAAUGGGAUUUAGGAGGUGAGAGGUUGUUUGAUGUGCCCCCCUCCUUAAUCCCACUGGAAUUUUUAUUCCAUGAGGUUAAUUCUGCUUAGUUUUUAAUUAAUUAAUUAAUUAAUCCUCUUAUAUUUUUUUUUCAGCCGAAGGGCUUGAAAUUAAAGGGAGAUUAGUGUAUUGGCGUGUUCAAAGGAGAGCAGCUCAAAUGGUUCUCUUAACUAUUUGUAAUUAAAGUUCAGCUUUCAAGCAGAACUUAACUAAUUGUAAAGAAAAAUGAGAGUUUAAUUGAGACUAAGAUAAGUUAUUUUACA